AGCCAAUUGUGGCGUCCGGUGAAUCGGCGGUAGGAGUCAGACUAAUCACUGGCUAGCUUGCAUGACGAACACAGCAACGUUUUUGCGCAGUCUGCUUCUCUUCUUCAUUCUGACCAGGUCACAAGAAAGAUGGCAGGGCCCCUGAGAACCACCAUCACCAUCAUCAUCAUCAUGGCGGCGAUAGUAGCGCUCCCUGUCGUCCUAUCCCAGCCCUGCACCGAGAGUGUCUGUAACUUUAACUUCGUCAUCAGGCGAACCAAGACCAUGACUCACUCACGGGACGUCAACGGGAGAAGGGACACAAACUCCGUAAAACUUCGUGACGACGGACGCCUUGAGCUUUUUAGUCCGAUGGGAAACCCCGCCCACCCUGGGAAGGAGAACGUGAACGGUACUCUCGUGCCCGUGGAGGAGGUCAUUACCACUGACGGAGUGGUAAGAAACGUCAUCACGGUCAACGACAUGUUCCCGGGACCUACCAUUGAAGUCGUGGAGGGGGCACAGGUCGUCGUUAAAGUAACGAACAAACUGUUGAGCGAGGCCACAAGCAUCCACUGGCACGGUCUGCACAUGCGCGGCACGCCAUACAUGGAUGGCGUGGCCUACGUCACCCAGUGUCCCAUCAUGCCCCGCGAGAGUUUCGUCUACCGCUUCCGCGCAGAGCCUGCUGGGACACAUUUUUACCACUCCCACAUCAGUACCCAGAGGGAAGACGGACUGUUCGGGGCUUUGAUCGUGCACAAGGCAAAACAUCCCAUCAUGCCGUCUGUUCCCGUGAUCCUCCACGACUGGUACCACACUGAAGCUACGCCAUAUUGGAUUUCCAACCUGUUCCGUUUGGAAUAUGGCGGCGAUGGGACAUAUUUGCUGGGUGCCUACGAACGCUCGUUCUCUCAAGAUGGUGUCAAGCUCUCUAGUCGAGAGUACAACUCAGCUUUGAUCAACGGACGUGGUCGAUUCCGGAACAACAGGGCGCCGCUCAGCACCUUCACAGUCCCUACCGGAGGGUCCGUUGAAUUCCGGAUCAUUCACGUCGGUCCGGACUAUCCGUUCCGGUUUUCUGUGGAUCAACACGAGCUAACGGUGACAGCAAGCGAUGGGUUCGACAUGGCACCUCGCAGCGUGCAGUCAGUCAUUCUAUACCCCGGAGAGAGCUACGAUAUCCGGAUUAACGGAAGCGAGAAUCCGGAUUUGUACUGGAUCCGGGCUAAGACCCUGCGCGCCGGCCAUUGCACAAAAUGCUACCCGUACAACAAAGUCAACGUGGUUCCGGAUGACGUCACACAAGAGGUGCGGGCUGUUCUGCGUUACCAAGGUGUAACGGCAAACAGCGAGCCUACCACAUCUAAACGGAACUGCAGCGAAGAGAAUCCGUGUUAUGUCUUUAACUGUCCGUUUGCUGGCUACGCCGAACACUUGAACACUUUCUGUAUCAAUAUCAAUAAAGCAGAAGCUCCCGUGUCAUCACCAGAGGGAGAUGAAAAAUCAAAGGUUACUGACAAUGACGAUGAACAUUCCCUCAUCACGGAAGCCUCAGACGUAACGGAGAUCUUCUUAAACUUCAACUUCGCCAUCGGGUCUUCCGUCAACGGUCGCCGGUUCAUCGGUCCUACCGCCCCGCUUCACCAGGACAGCGCGGCGGCCAUCGUGCCGUGUGACGAGGAACAGUGUCUCCGGAGCGGAUGUCGGUGUACACACAUCAUAGACAUUCCUUACAACAAGACGAUCCAGCUGGUGAUGUAUAACACCUUCGCCCCGGCCAGUCAGACGCACCACUCAGUCCACAUCCACGGGCACGCCUUCCACGUCCUCGCCAUGGGUUACCCCAGCUACAACAAGACUACGGGUCACUACAUCCAGCCGAACAGCGAUGUGAAAUGCAAGAACGAGCUGUGCACGGACGCCACCUGGCGAGAUGGGCCGCCACUGCUCAACCUGAUGAACCCGCCACUAAAAGACACCGUCCUGGUUCCUGCCAAUGGAUACACUGUGGUCAGGUUCAGGUCUGACAACCCCGGGCACUGGUUCCUGCACUGUCACAACGAUCAGCACAUGAACGAGGGGAUGGCGCUGGUGCUGCAGGAGGCGGCAGACCGGCACCCCGCCCCGCCCAGGGGCUUCCCGCGCUGCGGGGACUUCACUUGGAGCUCGGAGGAAUACCAGCGCGAUUUGGACGAUAACGGCUCACCAGAUGUCCAGACAGCAGUGUUUGGCACAAAGGUCCUGAUCCUGUCUACUGUGGUUGGAGUUCUCGCCAUCGUCAUCAUACUGGCAGUGGCAGGAUACCGUAUCCUCAAGACGAAGAAGAAGGACGCAUCUUCACUGACAGUCGUGGCGGAGUCUGUUCCCUUAAAGUAACAUGCCCUUGAUGCAAAAGAGGAAUUAUUCUUCCAUAAAAGUUCCUGUGAGUUAGUAACUUACCGUGGAGCAAUUAAACUAUUCUCCAAUUU